GCCCCACAGAGCGCAGCACAGCAGGAGCAGCAGGAGCAGCAGCAGGAGCGAGCUGCGUGAGCCGAGGGACGAAGGGUCGUGUCAUUCAUGUCAUUCAUGCCCGGGCGUCGUGUUCCUGAGGCCGCGACGAGCUGCGAUUUUCGCUCGCUAGCUGGUCGAUCGAGAGCCCCCGUGUUCUGCUGCGCCGAUUCGGCGCGAGGGCCUGGUCUUCUCGGAAACUUCUACCCCGCGCUGCGAAAUUCAUCUUCCCAUCCAGCACUGCGCAGCCGACUCCUGAUCUGUCAGUACUCGCGAGCAUCAGCAGCAGCAGCAGCAGCAGAAACAGCCCUUUUGGUUAAUCGCAGAGGUCACACCAAAUUUCAGCUGAGGCCCGCACGCACGCCCGCCGCUUCCCCUUCGAUCUCGUGAAGUCGGCCAGCAGCAGCAGCAGCAGCAGCAGCAGCGACGCUGGCUGCAGCCUCGGAUGAUGCCGACGAUGGCGAUGAGGAGGAGGAUGAUGACAAUGACAAUGAGGAUCCACCAGCACCAGCACCAGCACCGACAUCUGUUGGUGUCAACUUAGGCCAGGACGCGAGCACCAUGCACAGCAGCGCUGGAGCUGCAGCAGCUCGGGCUCGUGCGGGGAGUGUGGCAGCAGCAGAGCAGCAGCAGCAGCAACAAGAUAAACGAUGUGCCCGGACAAGUCGUGGAAUCUAAUCUCGCAGCAAGUCGUAGUGCCAACCUGGUACAUGAAGCAUGUGUUCAGAGAUCUGCGCGGGAGCUGGCGCUGUCUGUCCUUCGCCAAGGCCAAGCACCACAAAUACAAGCAGUCCCAGGCCGAUCUGGCGCGCUCCCUGAACCUGCAGCGUGCUUCGGCCCGCGCUGCGGCCGCCGCAACCUCGAGAAAUCACAACCCCCAUCUCCAGCAUCAGCAUCAGCAUCAGCACCACCAUCAGCACAAUCAGCAGCAGCUGCUGCACCAGCAUCCAUCCAGCAGCAGACGCAGAAGCAGCAGCAAGAGCAAGAGCAAGAGCAAAAGCAAAAGCAAUGGCGCCUCGGCGGACAAAAGUCGAUGGAUGUUCAAGAGCUUCAGCGCGCUCUACUGCAACUCUGAGAAGCCUCGAUUCAAAGCCAAGGACUCGUUCGCGAAAAUGAAGAGCCUCAUCAAUUCGUCGUUCGAGCGGCGCGAGGCGGCGCUCUCGCCCUCCUCGAGCAUGAACGAGCUCAUCCCGACCACCAUCGAUUUCGACCUCGAGAACGCGCUGCUGUCCACCACCGAGGACUCCGACAUCGCUAGCACCGGCGCUUCCCCGAGCCGCCGCUCGUCCGGCUCCUUCUUCUACCCUCCCACCCCCGAAACCUCUUGCGCCGGCGACCCCCGCCAUUCUCCCUACCAGAUCGCCAAGCACCAGCGGCGCAAACGAGCCACUGUCAUCCGCGAGGUGAAGAAUUCUUCCACCUCCGCCAUUGGAGCUGCAGCAGGAGGAGCGAAUGGCCUGGCGCUUGGCAGUGAUGCUGCUUCUCUGGCGGCGCGAGUGAGAGCUGCGGGAGGGGGAGGGGGAGGGAGGGGGCGGAGAUCGAGCCCUGAGAAUCUGAGCGUGAGCGCAGUGCUGACCAUGGACACGGGCUCGUGCACUCCGUGCAGAUCGAUCUCCACGGCGGGGUGGCUGGAGAAUUACGAUCUGAUGACCGAGAGCUUGUCGAGCUGGACGCCCAGCGAGAAGGCGAGCUCGGUGGUCGAUGUGCCGAGCUGCACGCCCAGCCAGAGAAGCUUCAGUGGGCCGCUGCCUCUGGGCGGCGGAGCUCCGCGCAGAGAUUUCCUCCACCACCACCACCAUCACCAGCAGCAACAGCAACAGCAGCAAUUGCAGCAGCAUCAUGGAAUCCAGCACCACAAGAAGCCCAGCAGCGUGCACUCCUUCUCGCAGCGCCCGCCCUCGAUCGCAUCGAGCAUGGCGGAUUUCACCGAUCUGCCGAGGCGAAGCGUGUCGUCGAUUCCCACCACUCCUCAUCACCAUCACCAUCACCAUCACCAUCACCAGCAGCAUCACUACCAGCCGCAGCCUCCAUCUCAGAUUCAGCAAUUGCAAGCCCCUGCUGCUGCUGCUCGACAGGUGAACACGCAGAAGGAUUUCCAGGAGGCGAUCGUGGACAUAAUUCUGGAGAACGACGUGAACGACCUGGUGGAUCUGGAGGAGUUUCUGCAGGGCUACUUCCGCCUCAACACCUUGUACCAGGACAUAAUUCAGCAGUUCUUCAACGAUCUGUCGAACGAUCUCGCGCACCCGCACGUCUCGCGAGCUCCCACUGUCUUCGCUCGCCUCGCCUCGGCCAACUGCAAAUCGUCGGCCGCCAAGUCCAAGUCCAAGCCCUUGGGCAAACCCGCCAGCAGCAAGCACACCUCCCCCACCACCACCACUUCGUGAAUUCCCUCGCCUCGCCUGCUCUCGCGAGCUCCCCUCCCCUUCUCCCAUCCUCUUCUACUUCUCAUUGCCAUCACUCCCCAGCAUCUCCAUAUGAAACCAAGGAAGGUCCCCAGCUCACCUUCCCUCCCCUUGAAUUCCAUGAAUUCCAUGAAUCCCUUAAAAUCCUUGAAAUCCUUGAAAUGCUUGAAAUGCUUGCUUGCAUUCCCUUGCUCUUCUUCCAAUUUCACUCCUUUCGAUUCUCUUGCUCUCCCUCGCGACCUUUGUGCAGGAACUUACGAAGUUACUACUACUUGAACAAGCGUGCUUCAGCGAUGCCUUGGAACCCACAAUGUGUCGCCUCAGAAGGUCAUGGACAUCGACAUACGAACAGACAGACAGACAGAUAUGGGCACGCAGAUUCAGGCAGGCAGGGCGACAUUGUAGGGGCGAGCGGUUCGUGGCCUCAAGGCAAUGGUGGCACGAGUCGAAACCGUGUAAAAUUGAGCCUGCUAGACAGUCCUCUUUGUCCAGGAGGAGUUGUGGUGGACCAUGAUUUACGAGAAUUCGGUGCUGUCUGCAUCUUGCUCGACCUCGGUGGACUCGGUACACCCAAACGUGAAAUCUCACUCACAGUCGGUUUCACGAGUGCCCGAUCGGUCGGCGAUCGUUCUCGGGGGAUUUGUCUCCACAUUCCCUGCACUGCCCAAAUUCGAGCACCCGAGCCAUUCGAGUAUGCCAUCGGAUGCACUUUGCCAUAGCUCUCUGGCGGGCGGCAUGGCAUGACUCUGUCUGAGUGACACGUGACAGAAGAAAUCGGAUCGUUCGUUUAAUUGUGCGCUCGAGUUUGACAACAACAAAAUUAUGGUCUCUUGAAUCUCAGCGCGAAAAUCAGGCGCUGAGUGACCGACUGCUUUGAUAGGAUUGUACUCUUGUGAAGCCGCACGCAGAAUCACGAGCUUAGCUCGAGAAACAGCGAGCGAGCGAGCAGGCAGGCAGGCUGGCUUAAUGUAUAAAUUUAAGCAGGCUCCGUGAGAGCACUGCGCAAAGCUGGAAUUCCCAACUUUUUAUAAGGAAUCUUUCAGAACUCAAAAUCAUCA